UGAACAAUCUCUCUUCAUACAGAAAGAAGGAGACAUCUUUAUAUAUAUAUGUGUGUUUCCAUUAAUCUCAUCUAAAAUGGUGGGAGAAAGAGAAACAGCCAUCUCAUCAGAUUCGGAUUUUGCUAUUCUGGAAUCAAUCACAAGGUAUCUUCUUGAUGAUUCCGACUACCAGAUGAAGGUUUUCCCGGUGAAGGGUCUGUCCGGUGCACCGGCGAUGUACACCCCCAGUUCAAGCUCUGACAGUUCACCUUUCAUGGAUUGCUGGCAAGCAAUGCCUUCAAAUCUUGUUGGGUUUGAAGUGAAGGAUACUGCCACUGGCAAUGAAAAAUCCGCCGCAGCGGCUCGUGAGCAACGCUGGCCGGGGUCGUACAGAGGGGUGAGGAGGCGGCCGUGGGGGAAGUUUGUGGCGGAGAUACGGGAUCCUAAGAAGAAAGGUACGAGGAUUUGGCUGGGAACGUAUGAGACGGCUGAGGAUGCGGCGCUGGCUUAUGACCGAGCUGCUUUUAAGAUGCGAGGCUCCCGAGCUAAGGUUAACUUCCCACACCUUAUCGGCUCCGAUAACUCGGAGCCGGUUAGAGUGACUCCAAGAUGCAGGCGGCGGCCGGAGAGUUCGUCGGACAAUGCAUCGCCGGAGCCAAAGCUGCGGAAAUGCAUGGACUGAAGCUAAUAACUUGGAUAGUGAUUGUAUUUCAACUCAAUAUUAAAACUCUGGCGGAAUGCUUUUUUUUUUCUUCAUAAUGGUGAGUUUACCUAACGAACACUCAAACUCGAACCCAAACGAAAAGACAAAUCUCAAAAUUUUAAUAAGACAAAAUGAUGGA